AUGCUGCGCAAGAAAGAGGUCUACACGACCGUGACGCCCAUCCCGGGCUUCAUCCCCCGCCAGCUCGCCAUCGACAUCCUCCACUCCCACUCCGAGCCUAUCAAGGCGCCCCGCGAUGCCGCCUCCGACGAGUACUACUCGACCUGGUACGAGAUCAGCCAGCGCAUCCAGUACAUCCCCGGCAUCGGCAAGAUUGGCUCCGGUAAGAUCAGCUUCAACGGUUGCUUCCACGACAUGCCCUGGGGACUGCAGACGCACACCUAUGCGCCCAUGAACAUCGACAUCCGCAUCAAGUACCGCAUCGACGGCAACCAACCUGGCAUCGAACCCCCCCAGCCCCCCGAAAUCGGCAUGUCCGGCCUGGGCGUCCCGGCCGACGGGCUCUACCUGCGCGAGGACAUUGAGAUCCGCUGCAACGUGACCAUGGUGAGCUUCGUCAAGACCCAGCAAAAGGCCGCGAGCAAGGAGAUGGUGUCGCGGAUCAUCAAGAAGGCCGAGCUGCUGGACGCCGGGGUGCUGCAGGCCAUGAUCGAGAACGGGAAGCUCAAGACCAUCAAUCCCGCCGACCGCACCACCACGGGGCUGUCUGGCCUGCAGUCGCCGACCUUCCCCAACCACCGCCCCGACGGUAGUCCGAGACCAGAGUCUUACUCUCCCCCCAACGCCUACCAAAUCCCCAGACCAGUGUCGAUGCUGAACAGACCCGCGUCGCAAGGCAGCUACGGGCACCAGUACAGCCAUUCGGCGGACCUGCAACCGCCCCAGAACGCACCGCAGACGUCCUUCAUCGCCGAACUGCCGGGCAACUUCUACCACCCACAGCAGCAGCACCAGCAGCAAUCAAACAACCUGCAACCGCCGCAGCCGUCGCCCGGUCUGCAUCCCGACCGCGACUCAAUGUCACAGCAAUCCCAGCUGUCGCCGGACCCCAAUUCAUGGCGCUGGUCCCAAGGGCAACACAGCCCCUCGCAGCAGAGCUCGCGUCCCACGAGCAUGGCGUCAUCCGAAGGGAGCAGCGGCUUCGCGAGCCCCGCGCUCGACCACAAGGGCUUCUCGUCCGAGCUGCCCACGCACCCCGAGACGCAGGAGGAGCAUCGCGGGAACCCCCUCAAGGCGAUGGAGGCGUCGCAACACAGGGUCAAGGGACCGCAGGCGUAUCAGGCGUACUCCUACAAUCCCCAGGACUAUGCGCCCUUGGGACGGUGA